AUGGGGGCAUUAGAUGAAGGUCAUUUGAAUCUGGAGCUUGAGAUUGGAAUGAAAAAUGGCUUCAUUGAGCUUGCUUUUGAGCAUCAACCUGAGACUUUAGCAAUCCAAGACGCUGUCAAACUUCUCUUGCAAGGUCUUGGUGAGGAUGUCAAUCGAGAAGGCAUCAAAAAGACUCCUUUUCGUGUCGCUAAGGCCCUUCGAGAAGGCACCAGAGGUUAUAAGCAGAAGGUGAAGGACUAUGUACAGAGUGCUCUGUUUCCAGAAGCAGGGUUGGAUGAAGGAGUUGGGCAAGCAGGAGGAGUGGGAGGACUUGUUGUUGUGCGAGAUCUCGAUCAUUACUCUUACUGUGAAUCUUGCUUGCUUCCUUUCCAUGUGAGGUGUCACAUAGGUUAUGUCCCAUCUGGAAAACGGGUUUUGGGGCUGAGCAAGUUCUCCAGAGUCACGGAUGUUUUCGCCAAGCGGCUCCAAGAGCCUCAGCGUUUGGCUGAUGAUAUAUGUUCAGCUCUUCAACAUUGGGUGAAGCCUUCUGGAGUCGCUGUUGUUCUCCAAUGCUCUCACAUUCACUUCCCGAGUGUGGACUACGAGUCUCUGGACUCGUUGAGCCGCAAUGGAUUUGUGAAGCUACUGGUUUCCUCGGGGUCAGGAGUUUUCGAGGAUGAAAGUUCGGAUCUUUGGGGUGAGUUUCUGAGUUUCUUGAAGUUCAAAGGCGUUAAAACGCAAGCUUUGUGUAGAAACGGUGGCACUGUGAAAGAGUGGUGCCCGGGCGUUAAAAGCUCGUCUAAAUUCUCACCUGAAGAAGACCCGGAAAUGGUUUCUGCGGUCGUUUCCAUUCUGAAAUCAUUAGGAGAAGAUCCGUCGAGGAAAGAACUCAUUGCUACACCCACUAGAUUCCUCAAGUGGAUGAUGAACUUCCAAAAAGCCAACCUCAAAAUGAAGCUAAACGGCUUCAACUGUGUCAAAGUCAAUGGCGAGGUCAAGGAGAAGAGGCUGCACUGUGAACUGAACAUACAGUUUUGGUCAAUGUGUGAGCAUCAUUUGCUUCCUUUCUAUGGAGUUGUUCACAUUGGCUACUUUUGUGCUGAAGGAUCCAACCCCAAUUCUAUUGCAAGCUCACUCAUAAAAUCGAUUGUACACUUUUACGGGUUUAAGCUUCAAGUCCAAGAGAGGAUGACUCGACAGAUUGCUGAGACGCUAUCUCCUCUCGUUGGAGGGGAUGUGAUUGUAGUGGCGGAAGCCGGGCAUACUUGUAUGAUCUCUAGAGGAAUUGAGAAGUUUGGAAGCAGCACCGCAACCAUUGCGGUGUUGGGUAGGUUUUUGAGUGACAAUUCCGCUAGAGCCGCGUUUCUAGACAAGGUCCAUACGACAACUGCCUUAAAGACAGAUUCAAUCUCCCCAAUUUGA